AUGGCUAUUGCAUUGUUCAUUCUGAUGGCGACCUUUGUUGCUUUAGUGAUUAUCUUGCCACUACUCUCGGGAAUGUUUACUUAUAAGCCAAAUCCUUCAUAUCUUGAAAAGAGGAAACAGACAGAAAAAGAAAAGCUCAAAUCGCAUCGAGAUGACGGAUAUGGCGGAUACAUUCCUCCUGAUGAGCAACUCGAAUUGGAAAAGCAGGCCAAGUCUUCUGGAUCACGAAUUUACUCUAAAAUUAGCCAUUUGACCCCGGAUGAUAUUCCUAUCAAACUUCAGCUUCAAAAUCAAGGUGAAUUAAAAAGCCGCACAGCUCGUAAGCUUGUGACAACAGAUUCUAAUCCUAACAAUUUUGAUUAUGACUUGAACGAAUUGAUCGACGAGGAACUUGAAAGCGACAGGGCAGAGAAAUCCAAGGCUUACACGCCCAGCUUUAUAUCAAAUCGUGAAGAAGUAUGA